AAUCUUGGUUAGCCUGCGUCAGCUGGCUCGGUGACCUGGACGCUUGCUAGCAAUUUAGCCAGAUACAUGAAGGAAAGUCUUUCUAUGCUAGCUGGUACUUUCAGCUUGUUUGAAAAAAGUGGGUGAAGAAAUUAUUCUUGAAGACAUAGGUUGGAUGUUUUUUGUAAACUGUUUUGUAAAAUAAAGCCGUCUUCACACUCCAAGUGUUUUGACAUCCGGAUUUGUCACACUUCUUAAGGAAACGUGGUCCAAUGACCAUCCACAUUCAGCUAAAUUAGCCACCGAGCUAGCUGUCUUUGGUUAUGCGGUCCCCCGCUGUAUGACAGGAGGCAGUGUUAUUUGUCAUUAACUGGACAGUUACAUCUUAAUGAUGUGUUGAUUAGUAAACGCCCGGUUUCUUUGAAAUCUCGAUUCUCCGUGGGAACGGAGUGAGACAGUUCACACAUAGGGGAACUAGAUAGUUCUCACGAAGUGACCGAAAGAGAACCGGUGCUAGCAUACAGCAAGAGUGGUAGACACAGAUUUGGCAUAUAAUCAGAGUUUAAGAUUAAGAAGAGCCCCUGAGGUUGGACCAUGGACCAGAAUUCUACCUCCGAGGAUGAGUCCAUGGGUCCUUCAGAGGAUGAAUCCAGCCAAUCCAGAUUUCCUCUAGAACUCUCGGACUCUGAGGCAGUAGAGGUACUGUGGCAGGUUCGGGCCCAGCGACGGCAGGUCAACCCAGUUCUUCCCGAAACAGUGACCCGCCUGUCCACGCCCGAAGGCAGCAUCGUCUACCUGGUGGGCACUGCCCACUUCAGCGACAGUAGCAAGAAUGAUGUUGCCACGACGAUCCGUGCGGUGCAACCAGAUGUGGUGGUGGUGGAACUGUGUCAGUACCGCGUGUCUAUGCUGAAGAUGGACGAGAGGACACUGCUGAAGGAGGCCAAAGAAAUCAACCUGGAGAAGGUGCAGCAAGCCAUUAAACAGAAUGGUGUGAUGUCUGGCAUGAUGCAGAUCUUGCUGCUGAAAGUGUCUGCUCACAUUACUGAGCAGCUGGGCAUGGCACCCGGAGGAGAGUUCAGAGAGGCUUUCAAAGAGGCAGGUAAAGUGCCCUUUUGUAAGUUCCACUUGGGAGACCGGCCCAUUCCUGUCACUUUCAAGCGUGCCAUUGCUGCCCUUAGUCUGUGGCAGAAAGCCAGGCUGGCUUGGGGUCUCUGCUUUCUGUCUGACCCUAUAAGUAAAGAGGAUGUUGAGAAGUGCAAGCAGAAAGACCUGCUGGAACAGACCAUGUCCGAGAUGAUUGGCGAGUUCCCUGCUCUGCACCGCACCAUUGUAGCAGAGCGGGACAUCUACCUUACACACACGCUCCACCAGGCAGCUCGCUGUGUGGAGGCGCCCCCUAACAAUCAGAGAGUGCCUGCAGUGGUGGUUGGUGUAGUGGGCAUCGGCCACGUGCCCGGCAUCGAGAAGAACUGGGACCAAGAGCUCAACAUUCAAGAAAUCAUGAGUGUCGCACCUCCAUCCCGUUUUGGUUGGGUGUUCUGCACCAUACUGAAGGGAGCGAUGAUCGGCAUGCUGGGAUACGCCUGCUACCGGGCGGGAGGGGGUGUUGGCCGCGCCCUCCUCUCCAUGCCUGCUGUCCAGUCGCUGCUUGAGAACAUCCGGCCUCCUGCGGCCUGACCCCACCCCUCAACACAAAAGCCCCUCCCACUCAACCAGGACAGGACGUUAUCACGGACACCAUUAGCCUUAAAGAAUGGAAAUGAGCUGGGGGAGGCACAACAACCCUGGGAACCAGUGGGCCCAGGCCCCACCCUGACCCCCAGCCUCAUCCAGUCCUAUGUCUGUACAUAGAUGCAGGCGUGUACUGCCAAAGAACCUGAACAGUACUACUUCUUCUUUUCAUUCUGUGCUGUCUCUUUCUCUCAAAACAAGAAGAGUAUCAGUUAAUGCUUUUUUAUUGAAAAUGCAUUAGGAUACAUCUGAUGGGUAGCACAAAGACCUUAUACCUUACUUGCAAACUGGAAAGCAUUAGUUUAGCUGGACUGAUAUGUCAGUCUUUUUUAUGUCAGCCAUGUCGUGAUUGUCACCAUGGAUUCAGCAGUAUCCCCCCCAUUCUUUGACCACUGGCGUUCAUCCCAUAACCUGUAGAAUUUUGCCAAAAUGCUAGUUAAGUAGUUAGUAGUUAGUUAACUACUAAUUUGGUAGUUAUUAUUUCACCCCAUUGCAAAUAUGGAAAUCGAUUUCUGCCCUUAUACAGUUAUAUACUGGCCAUGUUUCAUGAAGAUGACCAAAGUCCUUUUUGUUGAUUUUAUUUUACUUUUUUAUCUUAAUUUUUUUCUGAUGUGAAUACAUUUUUACUGUUUUUAUUUUGGUGGAUAGAGGGAAGGCUAUGUGAGGGAGGUAAAUGCUUUUCUUCAUCUGGUCAGUAUUCUAACCAUUCAGCAGACCUGAUGGUGAAAAAAUCAUUUUCUUUAUAGUGUUCCCCUUAUGAGUAAAGGAAAGUUGUAAUCCCUUGUUUCUUAAGGAAGAGCGGCAUGGUAAUGGUCAGGCAACACUUUCUGUAGAUCCUGGUUGAAUUAACAGAUAAGUGCCUGCUGUUGAUUAUUUUAUGCACCCUUAGGUUUGAAACGUAUAACUUUGUGUAGUAGUAUGUAUUACAAGGAGGGGCUCUGGCUGCACUACACAUGGUGUCAGCCUUUUUUUCUUUUGGCCCUAUAUCAUGUAAUGGUUGUGAGGUGUCUCAGACACACCUGUGAGGCAUUCAACUGCUUGGACUUUUGAGCCUUUGGGCAGGUUGUAGUGUCAUUAGAUGUGUUUAUGCAUAGAGGGUGAAAUAUCUGUGGUGUUUCAGAUGGACCUGAACAAGUUGUACACCUACAAUUUUCCCACGGUUACUCAGUUUACUUUGCUGUCAGGACUGAGUGACUACAUGCAGAAAGCAACGGUUCAUAAAAAUGUGCUUCCGGACCAUUCCGGUUGGUCAAAUGCUACUGUCAAAGUGAUAGGCUCUUCUAUUCAUGCUUCACUGCUCAAGGUUGAUUGUUCUUCGGGUGGAUGAACGGGUUGGUGGCGGUGACUUAGGAACCAGUUUGACUUGGAUCUGUGCUCUAGCAGAACCAGGUCCACUUCUGGUGACCGGUUCUAUCGGGGAAAGAUCAGUCAAGAGUGACUUCAGCUUGGUCAUAUUGAUGGGCGAAUUCUGCAUAUACACAGGCCGUCCCCAGGACAAACACUGGCCUUUACCGGCAAUUUAUCCCACAUGGCUGUUACACUUACUUAGCUGAAGGGACAGACUACAUCCUAGACAACUUCCCCCCCCCCCAAAGCAAACCAACCAUUCAGUUGGAAGGGAAAGCGAGCUUUUAGUUCUGAGCUCUGAACUGGUGUGUGAAUGGAACUAAUGCCAAUUCAAAAUACAUCCAGUGUUCACGUUUGCAUGGCCAUCUUUAUGGAGAGAUUAUGUAAAAACCCUCUGUGUCGGUGCAAUAGAGUUUAGCCAUUUAAACUCCCAGUCUUGAGAUUGGAGCCACAAUGCCAUAAAAAUACAUUUAGGUCAAUUAAUUUGGAAUUCUGAAAAUAUAAGACAUUAUUUAGAAAGCAUGAAUUGUCUUGACAGAUGUAGUGAGUAUGAUUAUGAUUAUUUGAGUUGUAACAUGACCUGUAGAAUCUUAAAGUUGCAGGUUAAAGUGCGGUUGGUCAGGAAAUGGUACAAGCCAACUGUGGAACUAUCAGGGCCAAAUUCAUUCCUGAUUGAGCUCCUAUCUGGGGAGGAUGUCUACACCCAGAGAUCCUGUAAUGGGCCAUAGACUUGGAUGUGGGGUUUGGUGACUUGGAAAAAGCCUUAUACAACAUACAUUGCUGCCUUUUAAACCUGUAGAUUGCCUCUGUAUUAGCCUUGGCUUGUUCAUUUAAUUUGCUCUGGUCUGUGUGUGUGUGUGUGUGUGUGUGUGUGUGUGUGUGUGUGUGUGUGUGUGUGUG